AGUGUCUUGCUAAGAGUUUCCUAAUAAACUACAUUUCCCAGAAACCACGACUCUGAAACACUGGCGCCAAGAAACCCGGACAUUGGAAGUAACACGCAAGGGUCCAAAACAGCACAGAAAUAAGGAACGUGUUCAGGAUGUCAUCAAAUGCCAGUGUAACUACGCUACAGCUUGGCUUGGUCGCUCAGGCGGACAGACCACCGGUCCAUUUCCUACCGUGUGAGAUUCAGCAGGAUGGACCAGCUGAAGUCUCCCGCUAUUUCACUUCGGCGGUGAAGAACCGAAAACACGAAAUGACCGUUUCAUUUAGGGGUCGUGGGCUGAAAGGUCAAGAGGUCAGCUGUCCACAUGGGUACACAGGACUUGUCCUGAAAGAGGACCACAAGCCCGCUUCUGACCAAGAGGACAGAACAGUAAGGGUGUCAUCGGUCUUCCAUCACUUCACCUACUGGAACCUUGAGACUCCACCCACUUCCGAUGACGGUGUUGUCAUGGCGAUGGCCUGGCCUGAAUUGGCAGAAGCAAUUCACGGGUCAGUAGAUGACUAAAGGAGGAUGUGGGGAAACAAAAUGGAGGCCGUUUCCCUGUGCAGCUGUGGGGCUUUUAGCCUCUCCCCUUCUUAUGGUAUGAUCUCAAAGAAGAAUGCACAAGUUCCACCUUUUAAAAAGUGUGGUGUACCUAAAGGGAUCAAUGAGUGACGAUGGACUCGUGUGUUUUACCAGGGACGGAUGGUCUACCAGGCUGAGGGGCCUUUAGAUUAGCAGCAGACUUGCACCUGUAGAGCUGGCUUCCACCCUUGUCAUUUCCCAAGACAGAAAUAAUGGAAACCAACAUACCUUCCCCUUGAGGUCUACAGUCUAAUCCAUACUUCAUAUGCUUGUAUGCAUUUUAUUCCAAGGCAUUUUCAAGUUCAAUAAAAAUGUGAAUAUUUUUA